CUCCGAGGCCCUCCCACGCCCUCAGUAGCUCUGCGCUGACCAUUUUUGACAGCCCAAAACUGCAGUGACGGGACUUUUUAAACGAGGACCGAGCGGGCGUGAGAACGCCUGCGCCGGCGCGACGAGCAAACACACAAACAUAUUCUCCGCAGUGAACAACUUCUUCGCUGAUUCGCCGCUGGUGAAUCAGCUCAAAGGGAUCAUGACGAGACAAACGAGUAGCACGGGAGGGGAGCCGGGGCCUCCAGACGAGGGUCAUGCGCAUCGCCCCGACAGCCGCGGACCACCCUCCCUCGCCAUCAGUCCCUCGGAGAGCGUGAUGUCAGAUCGGUCUUCCACCGCGGCCAGGCAGCAGCGCCAGGUGACGUUCCUGAAGCCAGCUGCGGACACCAACCUGGACAGGAAGGCGUCCAUCGUUGACGAGACCACUGGUAUCACGAGGACGCAGAUGAAGGAAUUCCGCGAAGCCUUUCGCCUGUUCGACAAAGAUGGAGACGGGACCAUCACUAAAGAAGAGCUGGGCCGAGUGAUGCGCAGCCUGGGCCAGUUUGCCAGGGUCGAGGAGCUGCAGGAUAUGCUGCAAGAGGUGGACAGCGAUGGUGACGGCAACGUGAGCUUCGAAGAAUUCGUGAGCAUCCUGUCCAAGUCGAUGUCGGGCGCUGGCGGAGGCACCAGCUCUGCUGAACAGGAGGAGAGGGAGCUCAGGGACGCCUUCAGAGUGUUCGACAAGCACAACCGCGGGUACAUCUGCGCUUCCGACCUGAGAGCCGUGCUGCAGUGUCUCGGCGAAGAUUUGUCGGAGGAGGAAAUCGAGGAUAUGAUCAAGGAAGUCGAUUCUGACGGCGAUGGACGCAUCGACUUUUUGGAAUUUGUCAGAGCUCUAGGCGAACCUGAAGACGCGUGUGAUGACGAAGAUGAUGAGGACGCAACGGACGGAACAGAUAUCCCACUGCCCAGGGCAGUUGCUGCCAUGUAGACAUCAUUUACAUAUUCGAAACUCGACGCUACUCUUCAAAUAUGAAUGCCUAGUUACCCUCAA